AUGUCAGAAAUGGUCUCUUCAAUGAAGCCAAAUAUCCCGCCUUUGAAGAUCGCCAAGUCGAAUACAAACAUAACACUUUCCAACUCAUUGUCGGAAGAUUCCAACUUCACACGGCCGCAUUUCUUCACAAACGGCGAGUCUGAUAUGACUCCGCCAGCAACACCUUCAGGCAAUGAAGAUACGAAUAUGGAACAGCCGCAUCCCGUGGCCGAGCCCCCGAGAGCUGUCUUUCACAACUAUCUACGUGCCUUUUACCCUUUUCACACUGCUGGAGAUGUCUGCCCUUCCACAGUCACCCUUCCUUUGGAACAGGGAGAUAUCAUUCUAGUACAUUCCGUUCACACUAAUGGCUGGGCCGACGGUACUUUAUUGGAUUCUGGAAACCGAGGUUGGCUGCCGACAAAUUAUUGCGAAGCAUACGACCAAACACCCAUGCGUCCUUUGCUAAAGGCCCUCACAGACUUCUGGGAUAUCAUUAGGGGGGGAUGUGGAUCAUCACUCCGUGACUUUGGCAACCAGGAUUUGAUGAGAGGUCUGAUUGCGGGCGUUAGGUUUCUCCUGGAAAAAUCCGAGUGCUUGACUAGAGAGUCACCACUAGUCAAGCGGUUCGAUGGAUUGCGGAGGAUUCGCAAGGCUCUGCUAUCUGAUUUAUCAUCGCUGGUCAAGACUGCGAAACGGUUUCAGGAAGUCUCUAAUGGGAGCCCGGCGGAGGACGAGGUGGAGUCGAUUUUGGAUGAGAUGCUUCUAAAAGCUUUCAAGAUUGUCACUCGAGGAGUCCGAUUCCUUGACACCUGGAACGAGGAAGUGGGGCUCAUUAGGACUAUCGCUGAAUUGGAAGCUGGCGGUGAUCGCCCGAGCCAGUACGAACUACCCCCGACGCCUGCUUCCGAGACCUUCAGCCAGACAGACACUGCCACUAUAUCCGAUACGUCUACUGAGCGGAAUGACUCCCGACAAACGACCCGUAGCCGCAUGACUGGAAGUCGAACAUCAACGCGCAGCGAGAUGCUCGACAACACCCCCAAACCAAUAUGCCUGUCAACGAAAAGGAUGUCCAUUUCUCACCGCGUCUCCUACUCUGCUCCCUCGUCUUUCAUGCGCCCUCGCAACCUUGCCUCUGAACAGCUAGGCACAAACUACGAUGCUUUCCUCGGUGUUCUAGGAUCUUUUAUUGGCCUUCAUAUGCAGUCGCGCUCAUCAACUGAACUAGUUGUGACCACCGAGCAAGCAGUGAAGUCCUGCCGAGCUCUGUUGAAUGUGGUCGAGGCCGUUUGCGAGCAUGAUAACCGUAGGAGUGCUUUCCUCCAGGUAGCACGUGAGGCAAUGUGCGAGCGUCUGUCCGAGCUGGUUCAAGCCGCUCGUGGCGUGUUUCGACCAGCCAGCAGUCAGGACGAUGAACUGGUUUUCAUGCCAAAUGAAGGCAAGCGUUUGGUUGACGCGGCUACAGACUGUGUCCGAGCGGCUGGAAACUGCGUAGCCAAGGCCCGUUUGGUCCUAGAGCAAAUUGGAGACGUUGAACUCGAGCCCGUCACCGAGGACCCAGCUGGCGUCAAAACCUCACAAUCUCAACCUGACCUUCCGGUGGACCAGUCGCGACCACUUCCACCGCCUCCUCUCACUAUUCCAAACUCAACUUACUCUACAUCCACCCCUGUUCACGCCGAUGUUCUUGACUCGACCACCCCGUCUUCCUUCCAAUCCCAACUGGUCUCAUCUCAUAACUCCUCCUACCUUUCUACCCUCUUAUCAGCCCCUUCUUCUGCUAUCCUCCCCAGUCAUUUCGAAAAGACGUCCUUCUCUUCAUUUGACAAUAACUACCGUGUAAGCCAGCCUAAGUCGGAUACCAGUGAGUCCUUCGGAAGAGGUGUCACAAGCACGGGUAGCAGCUUCACCUAUAACAGCCACGCUCGCGACUCGGAAAUGAGUGGUGUUUCUUUCACUUCUACCAGGGCUACCUCGCCCGAUAUCGGUGGCAGCUUCCAAGGGCCAUCAUUGAAGGGGAGUGUUAGCCACUCGACCUUGGCUGAAGAGAAUGAAGAGACCGAGGCUCACUUAUUGGAGAAGACUUACGCGCAUGAAUUGGUCUACAGAGAAGGCCAGGUCACUGGUGGUAGUCUCCGUGCGUUGAUUGAGAAGCUCACCGCUCACCAAUCGACUCCGGAUGCAAUGUUCGUUUCGACCUUCUACUUGACCUUCCGUCUCUUUGCCACCCCGCUUGAGUUCGCAGAGGCCCUUGCUGAUCGAUUUGAGUACAUCGGAGAGACUCCUCAUGCAUCUGCACCCGUCCGAUUGCGCGUUUAUAACGUUUUCAAGGGCUGGCUUGAAUCACACUGGCGCCAUGAUCGUGACAAUGUUGCCCUAGAUUUUAUCGUUAUCUUCGCGAAGACUCGUCUGAUGGGUGACCUGCCCUCGGCCGGCAAGCGUCUGCUAGAGUUGACUGAGAAGGUGUCUACUGCCCACGGGCCAGUUGUACCUCGCCUUGUCUCCUCCAUAGGCAAGACCAACACCGCUCUAGCUCUAUACGUUCACCCUGAUACCCCUCUUCCUUCCCCAAUUCUUGGCAAGAAAGAGGUCAACCUUCUGAAGCAGUGGAAGAUCGGUGACGCUUCAAUCACUAUCCUUGACUUUGACCCUCUGGAGCUGGCCAGGCAAUUUACCAUCAAAGAGUCUCGCAUUUUUUGCUCUAUUCUCCCAGAGGAACUCCUUGAUCUAGAGUGGACCCGAAAGUCAGGAUCACUGGCUGUCAACGUUCGUGCCAUGUCAACUUUGUCGACAGACCUCACUUUCUUGGUAGCCGACUCUAUCUUAUACUUCGAAGAGCCCAAGAAGCGUGCCGCUACUAUCAAGCACUGGGUUAAGAUUGCCAACAAGUGCCUCGAGCUGAACAACUAUGACACUCUCAUGGCCAUCAUCUGCUCUUUGAACUUGUCGAUGAUUUCCCGCCUGAAGCGAACCUGGGAGAUUGUAUCCCAAAAGACCAAAAACAGUUUAGAAUACCUCCGUACUAUUAUGGAUGUUUCUCGAAACUCCAAAUUGUUGCGACAGCGUCUGCAGAACCACGUCCCACCUUGUCUGCCUUUCGUCGGUACCUACCUGACCGAUCUCACCUUUGUCGACCAAGGCAACCAGGCUCUCCGUUCCCUCCCCACGGACGAUGGUUCGAUGGCCGUCAUCAACUUCGACAAACAUAUGAAGACGGCUCGCAUCAUCAGUGAGCUUCAGCGGUUCCAGAUCCCCUAUCGCCUGAGUGAGAUCCCAGAGCUACAGACCUGGUUACAGGAUGAGCUCAUCCGCGUACGCUCCAACGGAGAGUCUACUGCGCAGUCCUUCUACCGUCGGUCUCAGAUUCUGGAGCCUAGAGAUCCCACCCGCAGUGGCAUCCAAACCCCAUCCGAGUCCAAUCCGCCUUCUAUAAUCGAGAACGCUAAAGACAAGUUCGAUUUCCUUUCCUGGACCCACCCAUCCAAGCCCAAAUCCGUGGCAAUAAGCGGCUAA